AUGGGUGAAAUAACGAUCUCAUUUUCAACGAUCAAAUCCGUCCUCAUCUUCUUCGCGCCCAUCAUCAUCCCCCGAGCCAUCAACUACUACCGCACUCUCCGCGUCGCCCUCUCCAGCCGCCCACCACCGCGCCCUCUUCCCCAAGAUGCCAGUCGAGCCUUGAAUGUCCUCUUCCUCACCAUCACCCUCUUCUUCUGCCUCAGCCUGCCCUUCAACCCACACGCGCCCAGUCCCAGCAUCUUCACCCUCACCAACUCCCGCCUCACCACAUCAACAGACAUCAUCUUCUCGCGCCUCGCGCGUCUCCGCCCCAAUGAAUCCCUCACUCCAUCCGACACUCUCCUCAAGUCCAAACUCACCUCCACUCUCGCCCGCAAGGUAUAUCUCCGUUUCGGUCCGGAAACCCUAACCAACUGCGCCUUCUGCUCCCUCGAUAACCUGACCACCUACGCUAUCUACCACCUCCCCUUCAACGUCCUCCUCCCUCACCUCUUCCACAUGGCCACAAUCGGCCUCGUAACCUCCUCGACAUUCGCCGGUUCGGACGCAAGCAAAUGGCGCAAGGAGUUCUCCAUCAUGGGCAUUGCGUUCACUCUCCUAGACAUCUACGUGGUCAUGUCCUACGACCCGAUGGCGUACGCGUCCGCGGCUGUGCGCGCAGGCGUAGCAGUCCCGUCUAGCUCAUACUACCAAAUUGGUCUCUUGCGUCCGCUGCUAUUCGCUAUCUUUGACGGGGUAUGCGCCCUGCUAAUCUGGCUCUCCGCUACACGGAGAUUCUUCUUCACUCCGCCGUCUCAGGCAGAACAGGUCGAUCAGGUUGUGUCUGCGUCGUUGGGGGCGCUUUCGGGAUCUACGUCGAAGCUGCAUGCUGUGACUGUGGCGAGGAAUGCAGUCGUCCGGGAUAAGAUGCUUAGAGAUCGGGAUGAGGCGUAUUGGCGUACGGUGGUCGCUAUGAAUGUGGAUAACCCGGCCAUGAAGGCGGGUACGGUGGUUGGUGGGGGAGAGAAUGGUGAAGAGGAGGGUGCUGUGCCGCCUACGUCGAUUUGGGAGGAGGAGGAAGUUGUCCGCGCGAUGUCUCGGGCAAUGGCCGGGCAGGGGGGCGUUGAUUUGGCGAGGUUGGGGAUGGAUGCGGCGGAGUAUGUUAAUGGUGUUACGGCUGGGUUGGAGGGGAAUUAA